AUGCAUUUUACCAACAUACUACGCCUGGUGGCGACCGUCGGCGCUGUUGAAACUCUGGUCGACCUUGGCUAUGCCAAAUAUCAAGGAGCAACAGUAGGGGCCGGAGUCAAUCAAUGGCUCGGUCUGCGCUUCGCGGCACCAUCAGUCCCACCUUUACGAUUCUCGGCACCCCAACCGCCACUUAAUGAGACUGAGGUCCAGGACGCCACCAAAGAAGGCGCCUUGUGUGUUUCGGCCAACAACCAGGAGGGCUUGCAAUUCGACUCUGCACGACAGCCUAUGGCGGAGGACUGUCUUUUCGCCGGUGUGUAUGCACCAGCCAAUGCUACCGAACAGAGCAUGUUGCCCAUCCUUAUGUUCAUCUCCGGGGGAGGCUUUACUUCCAACUCGAACGGCAACUUUAACGGCACAGGCCUGGUGGAGGCCAGCGGGGGAAACAUGAUUGUGAUGAGGGCCAAUUAUCGGGUGGGCAUAUUGGGCUUCAUUGGAGGGACACUAAUCGAGGCUGAUACUAAGGGCGCGGUAGCGAACAAUGGUCUCAACGACAUGAUCGCGGCUGCCCGUUGGAUGCAGCAACAUGCCACGAAAUUCGGCGGCAACCCGAACCACAUCGUUGUGUCCGGGGCAUCAUCCGGUGGCAACGCGAUCGACGAGCUCCUCGCCGCCAACAAUGGCACUGGGUUCCCGGAUCUUUUCGUAGGUGCCAUCGCGGAGAGCCCUGGCUGGGGCAGCGAAGGCUUUUCGGCGGACCGCGACCAAGCGCUCAUGAACAAUCUCAACUCCACCGGCUGUCUCAACGCAACAGAUCCUAUCGAUUGCAUGCGCGUAAUGCCCAUUGCCGAGUUCCAGAACAAAACGACCAAGGAUGGUUGGGGUCCCACUGUCGAGGGGAAGCUCAUUGCCGCGCCUCAUUACCAGAUGUUCGAGCAGGGACGAUUUCAGAACAUACCUGUGAUAUACGGUUAUGCGAGCGACGAAGCCACACCAAACUUUAUCUCCAACCAAACCGUCAAUACUAGCCAGGAGGUUGGGGCCGAUAUCCUCAACGCCGUGGGGAAGUCAAUGACGGAGGCCGAGCUCUCGGCCGUGAUGGCGGCGUACCCGGAGUCCCUGAACAAUGUCUCAAUUUUCGGGCGAGACGUGAGCCCGCGCAACGUAUCCGAGCGCGAGGGCAGCGGAGCCCAGUGGCAACGAGAUGCGGCUAUCAAAACCGAGCUAAAGGAACACUGCGUGGCGGCCUUCUUGAGCGACAUGUACUCCAGCAUGGGGCAGGCGCAAAACUAUGCGUACAGGUACAACAUCCUCGACGAAACGGCCGGCGGGAACGCCGACAAGGGCUUGUUCUCCCCACAUGUGAGCGAGUUAUACUCCGUCUGGGGCAACAACAAUACCGACGGCGGUGACCCAGGGUGUAUCAAGCUCAACUCAACGGACCCUCUGUCCUGCGCCACUGGUGCCGAGAUCGCGCAGGCCUACUGGAUCUCGUUCGUCCGCAGCCUCAAUCCCAACACCUUCAGGCUCGCAGGCACUCCGGAGUGGACAGCCUGGACCAUUGCCCAGCCCAACCGUAUUGUGCUCGACAACGCAGCCGCGAGCAUGGAGAUGAUGGGCGCUGCGGCUGGAGAGGUGGCCAUUGGUGAGCCGCCCAUGAACCAGCGCCAGCGGUGCCUGUCUUUGACGACAAACCUUGCGAAAAGGAUUAAUUUGGGACUGGGUGCAGGCCAGACCAUGCCCGCUUUCGCGAAUGGAACAAGGUCAGAUCCCACGCUUGCUGCGCUGGGUGGUAGCUCGGGCUCCGGUGGGAGCAGCACAACCAUAAUAAUCAUUGAAAGUCAUGGGCCAGGGGCCGGCAAUGCUUCGAUCGCCGUCAAUAGCAGUACUAGCAGUGGCAGUGGGGGCUCUGGCAAUGGCGGGUCCAGCGGUGGUGGAUCAAGUUCAACCGGAAGUGGUGUCAGCAUUGUCCCUUUGGGUUCUCUGUCCCCCCACGCCUCAAUGAAUGGGACUCGGCCACCUGUAAUAACGAACGGGGCAUCAACAGCUGCAUAUGAGUUCAACUCUCUCGCAGCUAUACUGAUCGGAGCAGUCAUCCUCGUCGCUUAA